AUAAUGGCUGGAAUGAACUCGAUUACGUUAGGGUUCAACCGCCUCCUAGUUUGGGACUUGAAGUAAGACCUUGGAUGCUAAGUGAAGAAAAAAAUAAUAAUCCAUUAAAAAUAAUCGUAGUCAAGUAUAAUGAAACCCUUACGGCUACAGAAAUAUAUAAGGAGAGAUAUAUAAGAACAUUACCUAAUGAAGGCAAUAUUUAUGUGGGAUCACCUUGGGAGACAGGAAAAACAUAUAUUCUAGAGCAUCAUACUAUAUCUGAUGAUGUGAAUUUACUAGUAUUAUCCAUACGUUACUCUUAUUCGAAUGCUGUUACUACAAGACUUAAUCUUAAAUCAUAUUGCGAUAUCGAUG